GAAGGAGGAAGACAAACCCAUGUUUUCUUUUCUUUGGUUACCAAGAUAGAGUGACAUAACAAUCUCACCGAGUAAAUAGAGCCAAGAAAAACAUAAUACGGAUGAAUUAAUGUCCACAAGUCUGCGAAUCUGUUUUUUAUUCAGAAAUGUAUUCCUUGUAAUAAAUCUCAUAGAUCGGUCACUGUGUAGAAACCAAAUUCGUGAACACAGGGCAGAAAGAUAUUUUUUAGUUGUUCUUGUAGGUGUUUGUAAUGGAGGAAAAGCCGGCGAGGAGAAGGGUAUUGCUGGUUCCAGUUCCAGCUCAAGGACAUAUAUCUCCAAUGAUGCAACUUGCAAAAAGCCUUCACUUGAAGGGUUUCUCAAUCACAGUUUAUCAGACCAAGUUCAACUACUUUAGCCCUUCAGAUGACUUCACUGAUUUUCAGUUUGUCACUAUUCCAGAAAGUUUACCGGAGUCUGAUUUUAAGAAUCUCGGGCCAGUAGAGUUUCUGCUUAAGCUCAACAAAGAGUGUCAGGUGAGCUUCAAGGCAUGUUUGGGUCAGUUGCUUCUGCAAAAGAGUGAUGAGAUCUCAUGUCUAAUCUUCGAUGAGUUCAUGUACUUUGCCGAAGCUGGGGCCAAAGAGUUUAAUCUUCCAAACGUCAUUUUUAGCACACAAAGUGCCACGGCUUUUGUUUGUCGCUCUGUGUUUGACAAACUCUAUGCAAAAAAUGUCCUGGCUCCCUUGAAAGAACCAAAAGAACAACAAGAAGAGCUAGUGCCAGAGUUUUAUCCCCUGAGAUACAAAGAUUUUCCGGUUUCACGAUUUGCAUCAUUAGAAAGCGUAAUGGAAGUGUAUAGGAAUUCAGUCGACCAAAGGACAGCUUCCUCUGUCAUAAUCAACACAGCGACUUGUCUAGAGAGCUCAUCUCUAACUUUUCUGCAACACCAACAGCUAGAAAUUCCAUAUUAUCCUAUAGGCCCUCUUCACAUGGUGGCCUCAGCUCCUACAAGUCUGCUUGAAGAGAACAUGAGCUGUAUCGAAUGGUUGAAUAAACAAAAGGUAAACUCGGUAUACAUAAGCCUGGGAAGCUUAGCUUUGAUGGAAAUCAAUGAGGUGAUGAAUAUGGCUUCAGGAUUGGCUGCUAGCAACCAAUACUUUUUAUGGGUGAUCCGACCAGGUUCAGUACCUGGUUCAGAAUGGACAGAGUCCUUGUCUGAUGAGUUUAGUGAAAUGGUUUCGGAUCGGGGUUACAUAGUGAAAUGGGCACCGCAGAAGGAAGUACUUGCUCAUCCUGCAGUAGGAGGGUUUUGGAGCCAUUGUGGAUGGAAUUCCACACUAGAAAGCCUCGGCGAAGGAGUUCCCAUGAUCUGCAGGCCAUUUUCCAGUGAUCAAAUGGUGAACGCGAGGUACUUGGAGUGUGUUUGGAAAAUUGGGAUUCAAGUGGAGGGUGAGCUGGUCAGAGGAUCGGUCGAGCGGGCUGUGAAGAGGUUAAUGGCGGAAAAAGAAGGAGAGGAGAUGAGAAAGAGAGCUCUCACUUUGAAAGAAAAACUGAGAGCCUCCAUUACAAGUGGAGGUUCUUCACACAACUCGCUGGAGGAGUUUGUACACUUCAUAAGAAGUCUGUGAAGAUUGUUGUCUCUACUAAAACACCCAACACAUCAAGAUUCCUUUUUCAACUAUUCAAAGUUGCUUUUAGAGAAAGUAUCAUAUCCUACAAAAUCUAAGUGAUGCCAAAAUGUAUUUGGAAAAUGAAUGAAAAGUGUUGGAGGAA